GCCUUGGCGGCGGACCUUCGAGGGACCUGGUCGGAGCUGGAGGGCGCUCGCAAGGGCUGGGAGAAGGAGCUUUGGGAAGGCAUUGGACAUCUGCGCCAGCGCGUGGCUGUGCUCGGGCCAAAUGUACGAUUUGCCCAAAAUCCUGAGGAUCUGCGGAAGAUGGUCUCCAGCGUGGAGCACAAAAUCCAGGUCUGUGCAGAAGAAUCUCGGCAACAGCAUCAGGAGCUGGCCUCUGAAGAGCACAACCUCGAGCAGGCCCUCAAGGCAUCCUUGACACGUUUUGAGGCCUGGUCGCAAGAUGCGCCGCCCCGACCUGCGCCACGCCGGCGGCGUGCAAACUCCUGCGAUGGGCGGCUGGGACCGCACAGAGGGG